UGCCAACUUAGCUAUAUAGCUUAAGUCGCCUCUAAUUCCUCCCACCCAUUUUUUUUUCGCUGCAGAUUUGUUGUUGGUGUCGUCUGUCUUCUGCUGUUUUAUUUUUUAUUUUAUUUUAAAUUUAUUUAUUCUCUCUUUUCUGCGCAGUGUUGCUUGCUUGUUUGCGUGUGUUUGUGUUUUAUCUCUUAAAAGCCAUUUGGAUUCGUGAGAGGAAUAAAGGUUGGAGGGGUGGGAGUUUAAAAGUGUCACAAAAACAUGUGUGGGUCAAACAGUACUUCUUCUUCUGCUUCAGCUCCUAUUGUUGUUUCCGCGGCUGCUGCUGGCCAUACCAUGAUCAUCGGCUCCAUGGGUUUCAUUGGCCGGUUUGUUGCAGAAGCUAGCCUCGGCUCUGGCCGCCCCACUUACCUUCUUGUCCAGUCAGGACCGACAUCCCCUUCCAGGGCCGCCACACUCAAAUCCCUCCAAGACAAAGGAGCCAUUAUCAUCCAUGGAUCAAUAGAGAAUAGGGAGUUGAUGGAGAAGAUCCUGAGAGAGCACAAGAUUGAAGUGGUGAUAUCAGCCGUUGGUGGUGAUCGCAUCUUAGACCAGCUCGUUCUAGUUGAUGCCAUUAAAGCUGCAGGAACUGUCAAGAGGUUCUUACCUUCCGAGUUUGGUCACGACAUAGACAGAGCGGACCCGGUGGAACCAGGGCUGACGAUGUACAAGGAAAAGAGAGAAGUGAGAAGGUGGACAGAGGCUGCUGGGAUUCCUUACACCUACAUCUGCUGUAACUCCAUUGCCGCGUGGCCCUACCACGACAAUACUCACCCCGCCGACGUUCUCCCACCAUUGGAUCUUUUCCACAUUUACGGUGAUGGUUCUGUCAAAGCUUAUUUUGUUGCUGGUAGUGACAUUGGGAAAUUCACAAUAAAAGCCAUUGAUGAUGUUCGAACUAUCAACAAGUCUCUUCAUUUCCAGCCUUCAAGCAAUUUGCUUAACAUAAACGAGCUUGCCUCUUUGUGGGAGAAGAAGAUCAUGCGUACACUUCCUAAGGUCAUCGUUUCCGAGGAUGACCUACUUUCCGCUGCCAACGAUAUGAUCAUCCCACAAAGCAUUGUUGCAGCCCUUACACAUGACAUUUUCAUAAAGGGUUGCCAAGUAAAUUAUUCCUUGGAUAAGAAUACAGAUGUUGAAGUCUGCUCUCUCUAUCCUGAUACACCUUUCCGAACCAUGGAAGAGUGCUUUGAUGACUUUGUCACCAGGAUUAAUCACGUUGAGGCUCCAAAAGUGGUUGAAAACCCAAUCACCAGCUCCAAAGAUGCCAUCAUUAAUAAUGUCCCAAGUUCUAAACCAGAAUCAUUGGCUAUUACUGCAGCAUGAAGCUGAUCUUUUUUACUACCUACCUUAGCGUUUGUUUGCCUAAAUAAAUUAAAUUUAUAUCUCUCUCUCUGUCUCUCCCUCUGUCUCUCUCUAUAUAUAUAUGUAUUUUAAAUUGAGGUAUGACUUUUUCUCCUUUUGUUGGGGGAUAAAAGGGGGUGUUGGGGGAAUUAAUAAUUCAACCUUGUUGGUCAUUCUAAUAUUCUGGGCAAUGUAAUGAAUGCUCUAGUAUUUAUUUAAUUUUUGAAGCAUCUCUUUUGUUUCACUUUCA